AUGAAUUUGUUAAAUAAUAAUUUGUUAUAUGAAAAAAAAAAUAGAUAUGAAGAGAAUGAAUUAAAUUAUUCAAAAAGUUUUCUUGAAGAAUAUUCAUUGAAUAGUAUAAAAAAAAAUUAUGAUAAUAAUUUAUGUGUAAAAUGUAAUUGUUUGCAAGGAAUGAAUAGUUCAUGUGAGAUAAAUAAAAUUGAUGAAGAUAUAAUAAAACAAAAAAAUGUGUUAGAUAAUAAUAUAUUUAAUCCUCAAAAUAAUUUCAUUUUAAAUAAUAAUAAUAAUAAUAAUAUUAUAUAUCCUGUAAAUUCAGCUAAUAUCAAUCUAUUAUAUGAAUCACAAAAUAAUUUUUGUGCUUUACAUCAAUGUGUAGAUACUCAAUACCAUGCAAACAUGAAAAAUACUUUAAUUAAUUCAAAUUCGUUAAAUAAUAAUAUUAAUAAUAAUAUGAACAAUAUAUUUAAUACAAAAAAAAGUAAUACGCAUAAUAUUUUUAAUACAAAUAAUAAUUUAAAAAAUUUGUUAUGUCAAAAUAUUCAUAAUAUUCCAAGUAACAAUAUAAAUAAUUCAAAUAAUCAUAUUUAUAAUUCUUUAUAUAAAAAUUUUAAAAAUAUUGCCAAUCAAAGUAUAAAUAUAUCCACUCAAAAUAUAAGUAAUGCUGAUCAAAAUAUAAAUAAUAAUAUAAACAGUAACAAUAAUUAUAUUAAUAAUAAUAAUAAUAAUAUUCAUAAUAAUAAUAUUCAUAAUAAUAAUAAUAACAAUAUUCACAAUAUUCAUAAUAUUCAUAAUAAUAAUAAUAUUUAUAGCCAACCUUUUAACAAUUAUUUAUAUCCAAAAUUAAACAAUAAUGUAAGUCAACAAUUACCGUCAAAUUCAUCACAAGUUUUAAAUAAAAAUCAAAUAUUAAAUCAAGGCAAUAAAGAAAUUGAACAACAAAAUUCAAAUAAUAUAUUAAAUAAAAAUAUUAAUUUAAAUAUUCCUUAUUCUUAUAUUCAUGAUACAAAUAAAUAUGUUGAUAACCAUAACAACACUAUUUUCAACACACUCGAUUAUAUUAAACUUAAACAAUUCAAUACUGCUCAAAUAAAUAAUAAUGCCUUAUUAUAUCCUAAUUUAAAUAUCAACACAUUGAAUAAUAUGAAUAAUAUGAAUAAUAAUAAUAAUAAGAAUUUAUCAAAUCAAGAUUUUAAUAAACCAAAUUAUGUUAAUAAUAGAAUGAACAAUAAAUUUACCACAGGUGUCGUAAGUGGAAAUAAUCCAAUAGAUAUUAUGACUACCUCUAUGGAUAUAAAUCAUCAAAUGAAUAUAAACCAACCAUCAAGUAAUAUAAUACCACCUGUUGCUAUAAAUCAAUCAGCUAACAUAAUUCAAUCUGUUGGUAUAAAUAAUCCAUCAAAUGUCAUAUCACCAGUUGAUAUUCAUACCAAUGGAUUAGCAAAUUUACAAUUAACCAAUUUGGGCACUAAUAAUUUAACAGCCAAUUUAGGUAUAACUAGCCAUCCGCAAUUUAAUGUCACAAAUUUUGAUCGAACACAAAAUAAUCCGUUGAUAUACUGUUCAGAUAAUAGAAAUGUUUCUGACAGAAUUGAAAAUGAAAGUGCAUACCAUUUCAUUAAGGCAAAUAAUGAAUUAAUUUCUAAUAAUCAUUUAUAUAAAGAAAUGUAUAACAAGAGUAAUACUCUUGAUAAUAAUCCGUAUGAUAAUCAAUAUAAAAAAAAAUCUUGUUAUUUGUUAAAUAAUCAAAAUUUAAAUUAUGAUUUAAAUAAAGACGAAAAUGUGGAAAUUAGGAACAACCUAAUUGCAAAUAAAUGUAUGAAUUUAAAUGAAAGCAGAAUGGUAAAUAAUGCAGGUUAUAAUAUUUAUAUACAAGAUAAAAAUAUGUACAAUGAUAACAAAUUUUAUGAUAAAUAUAAUGGUUAUGAUGAAAAGAUAAGAAGAAUUUCGGUUCAUAUGGGAGAUAAGCGUGAAUAUAAAAGAGGUUAUAUUUCUAAUAGGGUAUCUGUAAGGAGUUAUAAUAAUAAUGAUGAAGAUGAUAAAUAUGGUGACCAUUAUAAGUGUAGUGUAUAUGACCAACGUGAUACACAUUUACAUCGUGAUACAUCUGAUCGACAAUUUGUUAGCUCCUCAAAACGGCAUCACCCAUUUAAUGAUGAUAAUUAUGGGGAGAAUAUUCCUUUGAAUUAUAGAAAAGAAAAACGGCUAUCAAAUAAAAAUGAUGAAAGAAAUAUUAGCACUGAUGAAUAUUCAUCAGACUCUGAAAAGGGUAGAAAGCAAAUAUAUAAAAAAUAUACUACAUAUGAUAAUAAAAGGGAUGCAAGAAAUAUACAUUUAAAUAAAACUAGGUAUAAAGAUGAAAAAAAAAAUAGAAAACAAUAUACAUCUAAUUAUUCCAAUUCCCGUGCAUCAUCUAACAUGUCUUCUUGUUCAUCUUCAUCUUUCUUUACAAGCGAUUUAAAAGAAAAGACGAAAAAAAGAAAAAUGAAGAAAGAACCUUUGCCUUCUACUGUAAUUAAAAAGAAAAAAAGACCUACUGUCAUCGACUUUUUAAAUGAAAAGUGGAACCGCAGUUCUUAUAAUGAUGAUAUAAGUAAUAAAAGUGUAGAUAGUAUAACAAAAAAAGAGGAGGAAAAAAAAUAUGGUAAUUAUAAGGAUGAAGAAGAUCACCAUGAUGAUGGUGAUGAUAAUUAUUAUAAUGAUAAUGAUGAUGAUAAUUUUGAUAAUGAUAUUUAUGAUGAUGAUAAUUAUGAUGAUGAAGAAGAAUCGAAUGGCAAAAAUAAUUAUUUAUCUUCAUCUACAGAACAUAAAGAAAAUGAUAAAAUCAAGAAAGAACAAAAUGUAAAAAAAAUGGAGACUCUCAAAGAAUGCGAUAAAAAGGAAGAAACAAAAGAAUCUAAAUAUUUAGAAUAUAAUAAAAGUUAUAGUAGAAGUACCGAGGAAAGUGAUAAAAUAGAAGAGACCAUGAGUGAUCAUAAGAAUGAUAAUAAAAUUAAUAAUAUGAAUGAUAAUAUAUCCAAGGACACCAUUAAACGUAGAGGUCGAAAACCAAAAAUAUUAAACCAACAAAAUAAAAAUAACGUUGAAGGGGGAAUGCCAAACGAGAGUGAAGAAACAUAUGAAAGCUCAAGUUCUAAUAAAAGUUGUACAUUAAAUGAUUGUGUUAAAAAUGUUGAAGAGGUUGAAGGGUGUAGUUUAGAAGUUGGAGAAGAGGAGGAAGAAGAAGAAGAAGAAGAUGAUUAUGAUGAUGAUGAUGAAGAUGACGAAGAACACCAAAAGAGAGAUAACGAAACAGAAAAGGAAAUAUAUGACAAAGUGAAUGACAAAAUAAAUAAAGAAAUAUAUAUAAAAAAUGAGACCAAAAAUCAUUCCAAAUUAAAUAAUACUGUUGAUGAGAAUGGAACACAAAAUAUACAACAAAAUAAUGAUAUAAAGGAAGAAAAAAGAAAAGAAGAAAUAAAUAAUAGUAGUAAUGAAAGUAUAUUAUCAUCAGAGAAUGAAUCUUAUAGCGACUAUACAGACAAUUCAAUGGAAGGAGAAUCAGAUGAGGCUUUUGAUUAUUUAAUGGAAUCAUGUUCAGAAGAAAUAACGAGAACGGAUACUUCAUGUAAUAGUAAUAAUAUAUAUGACAAUAUAGAAAAUGAUAUAUGUGAUAAUAAAUUUAAUAGUAUAAAUAUUGGUAGUUAUAAUAAAAAUAGUGUAAUACAUAGUGAUGUAGAGAAUAGUUGUAUAAAAGGAGAAUAUAAAAAGGAAAACAACGAUAAUAAUAAUAAUAAUAAUAAUAAUCAUAGUAGUACUAAUAAUUGUAGUAAUAAUAAUCAUAGUAGUACUAAUAAUUGUAGUAAUAAUAAUCAUAGUAGUAAUAAUAAUUGUAGUAGUAAUGUUAAUAAUAUGAAUGAAAAUAUAACAAAUUAUCAUUUUUAUGAUAAUUUAAAAAAUGUGCAAUUAUGUUCAUAUAUGUUAAAUAAAAAAAAGAAAGACAAAAAUAUAUUGUUAUCAAAAAAUUUUAUAAUUAUAAAAAAUGAUAUACAUAUAAAUAAUAAUAAAUCAUUUCCUUUUUACAGCUUCAAAAGAAAGAUGAAAGAUUUGAUUAAAGAAGAAAAGGAUAAAAAAAAAAAUAUUGAAGAUUAUAAAGAAGAUAUAGAAAGAGAAAAAUAUAUUAAGCAGUAUUAUAUUUAUAAAAAUGUUUUAAAAAAUAUCCGCUGGUAUAAAUCAGAAAAUGAUGAGAAUAAUUUAGAAAUUUGUUUUAUUAAAGAAAAUGAAUAUAUAUAUAGUAAUUUAAAAAAUAUGGAAUAUAUAAAAAAGAGAAGAAUAUUAAUUUAUAUACAUAAGUAUUUUCUUAAAAAGAAAAUUAAUAUAUAUGAAUAUAUAAUAUUAUUAUCGUAUUUAUUUUAUAAGAAAUCUAAAUAUUUAGGUAUUAAUAAAGUAUAUAUGUAUAAUACUAUGAAGAAAUUAUCACCAUAUUUAUGGUUAUUAAAUAAAAAAUGUAAUGAUAUAGAAAUACGUAAUUUUUUUUAUUAUUUAAGUAAUUUAUUCAUAUUACAUGAUUAUUUUAUAUUUAGAAUAAAUAUUUUUUUCUUCAAUUGGUUUUUAUUACAUAUAUAUAAAAUAAAAUUAAAAAAUAUAUCAUAUAUAGAAGAUAUAAAUUUAUUAUCAAAUAUUAUGAUAGCUUUCUUAUCAAAUAAAAAAUUUCUAAAUUACUCUAUGGUUUUUUUAAUAAAUGUUGUAUUACAAAAAAAUACAGGUAAAUCAUUAUAUAAAGGUUUAAAUUAUAAUUAUGUGUGUGCCUUAUAUAUAACUUUUUUUUCAAACAUUAUAUGUUUAUUAGAAGGAUACAAAAAAUAUAUUAUCAAAUGUGAGCAUUUCUUGAACAAAGAUAAUUUAAAUGAUAUAUUGAUAUGUAGAAAAAAAUAUCAAAUGACAGAAAAAAAAGAAAUAAAAAAGGAAUCUCAUAUGAAUGAUACACAUUGUAUACAAUAUCAAAAGGACACAAUGAAUAAAAAAUAUAUAAUGAAUAAAUUAAAAAUGAAUGAGAAUAAUACAUCCAUAAGACAAGAUCUGAUCAUGUUGUAUGUUUUAUAUAUGUCUAAGAAUAAUUAUUGUAUAUAUAUAAAUAUUUUGAAACAUAUUUUUAUAGAUGUUAUAAAAUUUAAAUUAAAUUAUAAUUUUAACAGGCUUAAAAUGAAGAGUAAGUUUUUAUAUAAAAAAAUUUAUCGAUGUUUGAAAAAUAUAAAAAAAAAUAUGAUUAAAUUAAAUAAGAUGAAUAUGAAACGAAUAAGAAAAAGGAACAUACGAGGAAAUAACACCAAUGAUAAUAAAAUUGAAGAUGAUAAAAAUAAAAAUAAUAAUAAUAAUAAUAAUAAUAAUAUUUAUAACCAUAAAUGUUAUGAUCAUAUUUUAUACGAAUUUGAUAGUAAUAAAAAUUAUUCAUUUGUAUACUUAUUUAUAGGUAUACUUAUAGAAUACAUGUCCUUUUCUUUUAACGAUAAAAUUAAUUUAUAUUUUCAAGAAAAACAAUGUUUAAAGGAAGGGUAUACAUCAUUAUUUAUGUAUCUAAAAGAAUAUACAAAUAUCAUUUUCAAAUAUAUGAAAUUUAUUACAAUAGAUGUUAGUAAAAAAUAUGAAAACAUAUGGAUAAGAAAUAUUUUCACCUUAAUUAAUUUAAAAAAAAUGGAUACCUUAGAUAAUUAUUUUGAUAAUCAUUCCAUCGAACAUGUAGAUUAUAAUAUAUAUGAUGAUUAUAAUGAUAAGAAGAUGAAUGCUGCGCAUAGUAACACUGAAAAAAGUAACACUGAAAAAUGUAACACUAAUAAUAAUAAUAAUAAUAAUAAGAGUAAUAAUAAUAAUAAGAGUAAUAUGUUUGAUAGUGUAUUUUUAAAAUAUGGAAAAAUAAAUAUUAAUAACGAAUCAAAUAUAUUUAUGGAGAGUAGUAAAAAUAAUUUAUAUAUAGAACAAAAAUAUGUUGAACAAAAUAAUAUAUUAUCAUUAUUUAAUAAGGAUAUAAAUAAUGUAGAUAAUAAUAAAAUAUAUGUGAAUACUAUUCAUGAUGAAGAAGAAAAAAAUUAUAAUUGUGGAAAUAUUGAAAACAGUGUUGAUAUCAAAGAGUUAAAUAAAUUAAAUAUACAUGAUAUAAAAAGUAAUAUGAUGUGUAAAGAAAACAAUAAAUGUCAUAGUUUAAUAUGUGAGAAUAAGAAAUUUGAAGAUUAUACAACUUUUAAUAAGGAUAUAUGUAAUAUAAGUGAAAUAAAAGAAAAGAGUAAUAAUAAGAAAAAAUUAACAAAUUAUUAUAAUAAUUAUAAUUUUAUAGAAACUACUUUUUAUAUGUUAUGUAAAUGUUUAUUAUUAUUUAAUAAGAAUAUAUUAUUUCGAACAAUAUUUGAUAUAUUAUUUUUAUUUUUUAUUAAUAAAAUAAGAAUAGAGGUACUUGUUCAUUUUUUAUCAAUCAUAUAUACAAAAAAAAAAAGUAACUUGGGUAAAAUAAUAAAAAAUAUUUUAAUAAAAAAUAAGAAUGCUUUUCUUUUAAAAAAUAUAUAUGUAAUAAAUUAUUUAUUAAAAAAAAAUAUAUUCAACAUGGAUGAUGAUAUAUAUUUUGAUGAUACAAAAAAUAUAUCUAUGGUACCUUUUUAUUCAUUUUAUUUUUCAAGAUGUAAAAUAAAAAAGAGAAAUAUAUUAAAUAAAAAAGAAAAAAAAAAAAAAGAAAUAUUAAAUAUAUGGAAUACAUCUAAUUCUAUAGACUCGCGUUUGUAUAUGAAAUGUUGUUCUUGUAUUUUUUUGUCAUAUAUUAUUUUUUUUUCUUUAAUUUUUAAGAAUUUUGAAAUGUAUUAUAUGCACUUUACUAAAUUUUCUUUUAACUUGAAAAAUUUAUCUCAUUACAGAAAAAUAAAAAUGAAGAGGCAAAAAACGGACAAGGAAAAAAAAAAAAAAAAAAAAAAAAAACCUAUUAUGGAGGAUAUAUAUAUGAAUAAACAUAAAUAUUAUAAUACAACAAUGUGUAAACAACAUGAGAUGAAAAAUAUGUUAAUGAAUGAUAUGAAAUAUUUUAAUCAUAAAAUUCAAACAAAUAAUGAUAAUAAUAAUAAUAAAGAGAAGGACAAUAAAAAUGAUCUUUUUGGUGAUCAUAUUUUUUUAUUUGAAAAUCUAAAUGAUGAUGAUUUAUUUUAUUAUAUUUUAGAUCCUAUGAAAUAUAUAUCAAAAAAAAAAGACAUUCUGAAUAGUAGUGAAACAAAAGAUGAUACGUUUUUAUUUUUAAAUAAAAAGAUGUUAUGUGUAUAUUAUAAUAUUCACAAUAAAUAUGAAAAGGGUAUACCUGGAUGGAAUUUAUUUGGAUUGAAAAAUGGUCACAUUAAUAGAAGUGAUAAUAACAUAAUAAAUAAUAAUAAAAGUAAUAAUAAUAAUUACUACAAUAAUAAUAGUAAUUACUGGUGGUCUAUAUCCAAGGGGGAUGACUUAAAAAAACAAUUUGAUAAUCAUCCAAAUACAUAUGACGAACAUAUAUAUACUAUCAUAAAUAAUUAUAAUCUUCAUGUUACAGACAAAAUGUUAUAUUUAUUAAUGUUGAUUUUUAAUAAUCAUAUUGUUAAAGAAAAAAAAAAAGAAAAUGAUCAUAAUGUUGUAGGGAUAGAAAAGAACACAGAUUGUAAUUUAUUUAAUAAUAUAGAAAGAAAUGUAGAAAUAAAUGAAAAAAAUAUAAUAGAAGAAUUUUAUUUCUUGGAUGAAUAUACUGCUUAUCAUAUUUUAUAUAUAUUAUAUGAAACAAAAAAUAAAUAUGAUGAUGUAAAUAUUACAAAUGUAUAUACAAAAAUGCAUGGAGGUAUAUUAAAAAUAAAUUUAGAUAAGAAAUAUAAAAAGAAAUUAUGUAGUAAUAAUAAAAAUCAUAUGAAUAACAAUAUAAAUAAAGCAGAACGAAUUUAUGAUUAUUAUAUGAAUGUUAUGAGUUUUAUUAAUAAAUGGAAUAAAAAUAAUAUAGAGUAUAAUAAUAAAAAAAAAAAAACAAAUAUGAAAAGUAGAAGAAAUAAAUAUACAAAUAUUGUUAUAGAUAUAUAUCCAUUAAUAUUUAUGUCUUUAGUCAAAUUAUUAAAGGGUACAAUAAAAAUUAAUGACAAUGUGCAAACAAAAUCAUUUGAUGUAAAGAAUGAAAUUUUUCCUUUGAAUUUACAUAUAUAUGUUGAAUUAAAUACUAAAGAUGAAUAUGAACAGAUACAUGAAAUAGCUAUUUCUCAUGGAGAUCUUAUAUCUUCUAAUUAUAAUGCUCUAAAGAAUUGUCUAUGUACUGAAUUUUUUUCUACAAAGAAUGAAUCUAACAUGAAUAAAAAGCAUAAAAUUAACAAUGUAAGUAAUAAUUUUAUAAAGAAUAAAUAUACUAAUGAUACAUAUAAAAACUGUAGUUCUAAUAAUUUAAAAAGAGAUAAUAGAAAUUGUAUAUUUCACCCCCCAAAAAAAGAUAAACAUUUUUGUGAUAUAUUAAGAAAUUAUGAUGAUAUAAAUUAUUCGAUAUAUGGAAACUUGAUUGUAAAAUUAUUAUAUAAAGAAAUAAAAAGUGAUUUUUUCUUAUGUCAAGAAUAUUAUGAUAAGAAUUUAUACAUAUAUAGAAGUUUAUUAAUAAUUUUGUUGAAUAAAUAUUUUUGUUCAGGUUAUAAUUUUUUCUCUUUUAAAAAAAAGUUUGUCUUUUUCUUUAUUCAAAGAUUGUUUAGAUUAUUGUGUUUUAGAUUGAUGUGUUUGUUUCUUUCAGCGGUUCAUUUGAAUAAGUUUACGAGUGAAAUAAUAAUUAUUGAUGAUAAGAUUUUGAUAGAAAAUUAUCAGCUGCAUGUAAAAAAGAAGAGGAGGAUACAAAUGAAAGAGGAUGGGACCAAAAAACGAAAGCGUUUCUUUGAUAAAAAGUCGUAUAAUCUAUAUAAGAAUUAUACUGAAAAUUUUUAUUUUAAUUCUAACUUGUUGGAAUGUAUGGAGGAUGUGAUGAGUGACGAGGUGCAAGUGGACGAUGAGGAUGAAGAAGACGAAAAUGUUGAGGAAGAUGAAAAUGUUGAAGAAGAGGAUGAGCAAGAGGAAGAUGAUUAUGAUGAAAAAGACGAUGAGCAAGAAGAAGAUGAUUAUGAUGAAAAAGAAAAUUAUGAUGACAAAGAAAAUUAUGGUGAUAUAGAAAACAUUUAUUAUUAUAAAAAAGAAGACACAGAAAAAAACAAUUUUGUAUCAAAGUUAAAGAAUGAUGAUGAUAAUAUUAUGAAGAAAUAUUUAGGAGGUAUAAAAAAAAAGAAGAAGAAGAAGAUUAUUAUUUAUAAACCAUUUGUAGCCUUUGGAAGUUUAAUUAUGACAAAAAGGGAAGUAUUAAAAUUGAAAUUAUUGAAAGAAGAGGAAAUUAAAAAGGAAAAUAUAUAUAUAAAUAAGAGUAUAUUAAAGAAUAAGAAUAAGAGUAUUCACCUGAAAAAUAUUCCAAACAUAAACAAUAAUAAUAAUAACAAUAAUAAUAAUAAUAAUAAUAAUAAUAAUAAUGAAAAUUUUUAUAAUAAUAAUUCUUAUAAUUAUGGCAAUAAUUAUUAUUCAAAUGAACGUAUUGAUAAAGAUUCCAUACACAUGUCUAUCAUAUCCAUUAUUGUCUUUCUGAACGUACUAAGAAAGAACUGUAAUUAUUCUCUUAUGAUAAAUUUUUAUAUAAAUAUGUUAAUAGAAAAAUUUUUAGAAAAGAAGAAAUAUAUGCAUAUUGAUGAUUAUUAUUUAAUAAAUAGUUAUAGUGUAAAAUUAAUAAAUCCUUUACAUAAUUUCCAUAAGGUUGAAUUUUAUAUAUGUAGUGAAAAUAAUUCAAUAAAAAAAAAAAUGGAACAAAUUAAUAAUGGAUAUAAAUUUUAUUCAUCAUCAUGUAAAUUAAAAGUAUUUGAAAUAAUUUUUUAUUAUACAUUAAAAGUUUAUUUAUGUUUUAUAAAUAAAAAUUACAUAGGUACCUUUAUAUCAAAAAUAGCAAGAAUGAAUAAUAUAUAUACUAAUGAAAAUAUUCAUUUUAAAUUUAAAAUUAAUAAAUUACUUUGUAACACAUUGAAUAAUUUAUUAAUUGAACAAAUGAUUAAUAUGAAAUUAAAUAAGAAUAUUUUAAUCAAUAUUAUAUCCGCAUGUAAGUUUUUUUUUAUAUCUCUGCUGGAUGAAAAUGAAUGUCCUCUUAUACUUUUAAAUGAUUAUGUUCUUGAUAUAUCGGAUUUUAUACACACCAAUUAUAAUCCUUCAUUGAAUGACCGACGUGUUAUAAAACAAUCUCAAAGUUGUGUUCAAAAAGAAUCUCUCUAUCUUGUUGGAAAUUCACAAGGGUAUCAAUUCUAUGCUUUGGAGGAUGAAAAAUAUACCCAUGGCGAGUAUAUAAUGGAUGAUAAAAAUUCAAAAUCUGAUUGUUCAUAUGAAUUGGUUAAUUCAAAUAUUGUAUCUAAGGAUGAUAUAAAACAAGUUGAAGACAUACAACAUGUGGAUAACAAACAAAAUGUAAGUCCCUUUCCUCAUAAUAAUAUUCAACAUUAUGAUGACAAAAAAGUGUACAUUCCACUACAUGACGAAAUAAAGAAUAAAGAUUGUGCUAACAAUUAUAUAUGUAAUAAUAAGGACACACUAAAUAUAUAUAAUAAUAAUAAUAAUAAUAAUAAUGUGAUGAUAAGAAAUUGUCAUAAUUCAAGUGUAAAAAUAAUAUAUAAAAGAAAAAUGAACAUAAAUUAUGAAGGCCAUUAUUAUAAUAAUAAUAAUGUGGGUAUAAUGAGAAACCGUGUAAUAUAUAUGAAAGCUAAUGAUAUAAAUAAAUUAAUUUACUCCUUUGAAAGGUUAAAUGCAAAUAUAUUUGAUUGUGCUGAAUAUAUAUAUAAAAAUAUUUUUAAAAAUAAAAAAGAAAAAAUAAAUGAUGAAAAAAAAUUUUAUAAAAAUAUUUAUUUAUGGUAUCUCAAUUGUAUUCAUAUUAUUAAUUUGCAAAUAUAUGUUAUGUGUCACUUUUAUAACAGUUAUCAUAAUACUACAAUUCAUAUAAAAAAUAAGAAGAAAAAUUUAAACACAAAUAAUAUGAACAGUAAUAAUAAUAUUCUUUAUCAUUCUUUACAAAUUAAUAUGAAUAUAAUAAAAAGUAUUAAUAACAUUAAACAUAAUAUUGAACGAUAUUUAAACGAAACUAAGCAAUAUUAUGAAAUUAUAAAAAAUAAAGAACAAAUAAAGGAAGAAAAAAAAAAAAAAGACAAUAAAAAUGAAAUAAAAUAUUCUCUUGUACAAAUUAAUGAAACCGAUACAAAUAUAUUCAAUAUAACAAAUGAGGAAUGUAUAGAAGAUUAUGAAGAAUUAAAUUCAUUUUUAGAUUUUGAUUUAGAUAAACAAUCAGGCAUAUUGUUGGAAGGUGCUACAACCAAUACAAAUAAUAAUUUAUUAAAUCAAAAGGUUAAUGAUAAUAUUUAUAAAAUGUCUAAUUAUUUAGUGGAUGAGGACUGGUUAAUGUAUAUACGCUCUCUAAUCUGA